GGCGCCGCCCCAUCGCAGGGCCGCGGGCCGGGCUGGUUGGCUCCGUCCUCGGGCCUCAUGAGGCAGAUGGCUCCGGGGCGGGCCGGCCUAGGCCCUCCUCCUCCCUUAGGUCGGGCGGCCCGAGGGUAGCAGGAUGGGCGUCGAGUAGGCGCCGGCCUGCUCAGAGGAGCCCUCACGCGAUGGCCGUGACAGGGCCUCGCUCCCGAACGCCGCUUCCGCCUCCGCCGCCUGGAAGCCUCUCGUGGCUCCGGGGCGCCUGAGAGGAGGAGGAGAAGGAGGCGCCUUCUUCCACCGCCCCGCGCCGCCUACCUCGGCUGUCCUGGCCGAGGCCCGGGGCAAGCAGAAAUCUCUUCAGGAAAUGGCAUCUCCUAAAUCCUUAAUGCAUUUUUUGACCUUUACAUUUGGAUCAGCAAUUGGAUUUUUCUUAUGUUACUUGCUGUUUAGUUUAGUGUUGGAAGAACAAGUUAAAGUUGAGCAUCAUCUCCUUUACAACAAUCCUCAUGGCCAUCACUCAGAUGAUGAUGAUGAAAGCCAUCAGCUGAAAGGACAAAUGAAUUUCAAUGCAGAUGCUGGUCAACAUAAAGAUGAAAAUAAAAAUAUUGCUGAAGAACUGUACCAGAAAGUAAGAAUACUUUGUUGGGUGAUGACUGGACCUCAAAAUCUGGAAACGAAAGCCAAACAUGUCAAAGCUACUUGGGCCCAGCAUUGCAACAAAGUGCUAUUUAUGAGCUCUGAGGAGAACAAAGACUUCCCAACAGUGGGAUUAAAAACCAAAGAAGGCAGGGAUCAGUUGUAUUGGAAAACCAUCAAAGCUUUCCAGUAUGUACACGAUCACCAUCUUGAUGAAGCGGACUGGUUCAUGAAGGCAGAUGAUGACACGUAUGUUGCACUGGACAACUUGAGGUGGCUUCUUUCAAAACACAGUCCUGAAAAACCAAUUUAUUUUGGAAGGAAGUUUAAGCCUUUUGUGAAACAGGGCUACAUGAGCGGAGGCGCAGGUUAUGUGCUCAGCAAAGAAGCUCUGAAGAGAUUUGUGGAUGCUUUUAAAACCAACAAAUGUACUCAUAGCUCUUCCAUUGAAGAUUUGGCAUUAGGCAAAUGCAUGGAGGGUAUUAAUGUAGAAGCUGGAGAUUCCAGGGAUACAACUGGCAAAGAAACUUUCCAUCCAUUUGUGCCAGAGCACCACUUAAUUAAGGGAUACCUACCCAAAACUUUUUGGUACUGGAAUUAUAACUACUACCCUCCCAUAGAGGGUCCUGGCUGCUGCUCUGACCUGGCAGUUUCUUUUCAUUAUGUUGAUGCCACCACUAUGUAUCAGCUGGAAUAUUUGUUUUAUCAUCUCCGUCCUUAUGGGUACCAGUACAGGUACAAUCCUGAUGCUCCUAAGGAUCAAGGAAAGCAAAAUUUAAGCGAUGCAGCAAAGGGUGAUAUAAAAGCCAAAGCUGAAAUGGAAAAGCCUUUGAAAUCCUCUAAAUAAAAUGUUUGGUACUGCA